AGGCUAACGAGAGAAUCAGGCUGUGUGGAAAUAGCCCACGUCUUCAACAGGCGGAGGUCUGCAGAGGGAGGGCUGUUUCAGUCUGGAAUCACACAGUAAAGGAAAAUGUAACUUCUCAAUUGAAUGAAGACUGCUGACUUCUCAACACCCUGGGUGUCUGCACAGACUUAUUUUUUGAUUGAAUAGUUCACGUUUUAUGAAGCUGAGGUUUGGUUCUGGUCUCCGGGUUUGCCGUGUGAUUUACAGCCUGCAGUUGGAGACUCCUGUUGCUGGAGACGGCUCUCGUGCGUUGCAACACAAGCCUGUUGGACUGUUCACCAUGGCAAAGUGGUUCAAGGACUUCCAGCUGAGCCUGAAGACCCGACCCAAGCCAGAGGGCACCGGGGCAGAUUCCGAGGGAGCAAACAGGAAUCGGCGUGCCACCCAGGGCGAGGUGACCCCGCGGGGAGUUGGCAGAGAGAUAAAAGGAGCAAACGAGAGAAGGCAUGGCGAUUCGGGGCUGGGCAAACUCGGAAAAGCGGUAAGUGCUGGCAUUCAGGGGAAAUCUACCGGCCUUCAAGGAAAGCCGGUUGGCACCACUCUGCUACGAGGAAAACCCGAAGCAAAUAAAGCCCCUGCCCAGGGGAGAAACGCCACAGGACUGAUUAAAAAAGAAUUAACUAUAAAAAAGGAUAAUGCAAAACCGAUCAAAGGUUCCGGGGAGAAUGGGAAGAGUGUCCUCGGAAAAAACAUCAAAAAUUCCCCUGUGGAUCCCGGGAGCGGUGACGAAGCUGGCAAACCGGUCAAAAAUCCGACGUUAAAACGGGGACAGAAUGCCGGCAAGCCGGGGCAAAGUUUUUCUGGGAAGCUCAGUUUAAACCCAGGGAAAAUUACAGGGAAGAGCCCAGCCAAAACUGAAAUGAAAACUGAUCCUAUAACUGGGAAAACAGACCCAAAAUCUGUAAAGGCUGACUUGAAAGUGGGGAAGACUGACGUAAAAGGUGGGAGACCUGACCUGAAGCUAAAGAAGACAGAUUUGAAAACCGGGAAGCCAGAGACAAAAACUGCAAAGACCCCUGAUCCGAAAACUGGAAAAACUGACCCGAAACUGAGCAAAACUGCAGGCCAAAAUCCUGGGAAAACUGGACUGAAUCUUGGAAAAAUAACAGGGACCAACCCCGGGAAAAACGGAUUGAAAGCUGGGAAAACAGGACAAAGCCUAGGGAAGACUGGGCUGAAUCUCGGAAAAAUAACGGGGACGAAACCCGGAAAAUCAGCACAAAACCCUGGGAAGCUCUCAGGAUCGAACUACAUGUCGUCCAAACACAGACUGAUCAAAGUGGAAAACCAGGAAAAAAAUGGGAAGAAUCUUCUGAACCGGAUGCAGAGUGUGAAAAAAGAAGAAGAAAGUGGAAAACCUGUACAAGACACGAUCAUCAUUGUGGAAGACUAUGCAGACCCCUACGAUGCCAAGAAACGGGAGACAGGGCAGAAUGAGGCGGAGCGGGUGGGAGAAAACGACGGCUACAUGGAGCCGUACGACGCACAGCAAAUGAUCACAGAAAUACGAAGGCGAGGAUCAAAGGAUCCACUUGGGAAGCAAUCCCUGUUGUACGACAGCCCCUACGAACCAGGGGAAUUGGGACCAAAGACCGAGGCCCUCGGGAACACCGCAUCGGAAAGGACGGGGAACCAGUGGCCAAUUGACAGCUGCCUGCCGGAGAACGAUGAGCGGCCAGCGGCAGAGUACGAGCAGCCCUGGGAGUGGAAGGCAGAGCAAAUCGCCAAGGCACUUGCAGUCCAGUUUGAUUCGGCAGAAAGAGCUUCACCACCGAAAGAGGAGCGAGUCAAGCACGAUAACAGGCAGCCAAGCUGGACUCCGAAGGUCCCCAAGCAGCAGAGCACAGAGGGCAGUGAGCUAGGAGAGAAGGUGGAUCCGACCAUCCCUUUAGAGAAACAAGUCUGGUAUCACGGUCCCAUCACCCGGCUGGAAGCAGAAUUGCGAUUGCAGGCCUGUAAGGAGGCCAGUUACUUGGUACGAAACAGUGAGUCAGGAAACAGCAAGUAUUCACUUGCCUUGAAGACUAGCCAGGGAUGUGUCCACAUCAUCUUGGCCCAGACCAAAGACAAUAAAUACACGCUGAAUCAGAACAGCGCCCUCUUCGACAGUAUCCCAGAGGUAGUCCUGUACUACGGCACGGAGAAGCUUCCGUUCAAGGACGCGGAGCACAUGACUCUCCUUUACCCUGUGCAAAACAAGCAGCAGUAACUUGUGAAGGCAGGCUGGCGAUAAGGGAACACUCCAUCUGUAAGACUAUCAGCGGCCUCCCAACCAUCUCCAACUGGCAGAGAGAGAGAGGGAGAGAGAGGGAGGGGGAGAGACAAAGGGGGAGAAGUAAAAUACUGCACAACACAGUUAAUAUGUAUGACAGAGAGCUUCCAAUAUCAAGAACAGGUACCGGCUGAAAAAUAUCAAUUACAUGCAGUGGAGGCACGUGGCUCAAAGGAUACCAGUAGAACUAAUCUUCGAACGGAGUGAUGUGGAAAUUGAUUGCAAGCCCAGCGAGUAUCGGUUAAGCAGAGAUGGGUGAACCCGAAAAGAGAAAGGGAAAAAGUGGGGUCCAGCCUGUUUCACUCCGGGCCCUGCCUUUAUACCGAGCCCAAAAGGAUGGGUUGACGAUCUGCCACGUUUGGUUAUCUGGAUGUGAAAUGGACCUACGGUGUCCUCAAAUACAUCACUUCGGUCUGCGGGACAGCAAACCCGUUUGGCGGCUGCAUCGAGGGCUACAAUCCUGUCGCACAAAUACAAAACGGCAACUGGAUACAGGCUCUCGAAACACUAUAAAAGGCAUUUUACCCAACCUGUGAAAUCUUUACUGGGCGCAGAGGAAGCCCUUGUGCAGGGGCCUUCAGAAUAUUUGAUGUGACAGCAUAGAGCAUCCUUCCCCCUGUGCAGUACCUAACCUCUUGUAUCUACAAUCUGUGUCCAACGUGUGCUGCCCCUGCCCUGGGAGUUAGUGACGGGACUGUGUGAAGGGAGCUUUGCAAACACCACGUGAUGCUGCAGACGCUGGAAAUCCUGAGCAACAGACACAAACUGCUGGAGGAACUCAGCAGGUCAGGCAGCAUCUAUGGAGAGGAAUAAAGAGACGAUGUUUCAGGCCAACAUCCCUCAUCAGGAUGUUUUGCCAACCCUUUAACCUGCUCCAAGAUCAAUCUAACCCCUCCCUUCUACCCCACCCUCCAUUUUUCUUUCACCCACGUGCCUAUCUUAAAUGCCCCUGAUGUAUCUGCCUGUCCCACCAGCCCUGACUGAGUUACAGCCACCGCCCUACACGGCUGCAUUUUUGUAUCAACUGCAAAAUGGUGCUGAUGAAGGGCCCUUCGUCUCAGCCCAAACUGUCAACUCUUUAUUCCUCUUCAUUAACGCUGCCUGACCUGCUGAGUUCCUCCGGCAUAAGGAGGAGGCCCUGUUCACGCCACCCCCUCUCCUGGUAAUAUGGGACGGAACAGCAUAGAGGGAAUCUUAUUAUGUCUGACCUGUGUUGUCACUGACCUAUGAGUGUGAGAUGGGACAGCAGAGAGCCAGCUUUAUGCUGUGCUGAACCCUGGGGGUGUGUGAUAGGACAGUAAAGAGUGAACUUUACUCUGUCACGAACCCUGGGAAUGUGAGAUGGGACAGUAUAAAUGGAAUUUUAUACCAUCUCUAACCUACGUUUUAAAAACAAGAGAUUCUGCAGAUGCUGGAAACCCAGAGUAAUACACACAAAAUGCUGGAGGAACUCAGCAGGUCAGGCAGCAUCUAUGGAAAUGAAUAAACAGUCGAUGUUUUGGACUGAAACCUUUCAUCAGGACAUGGGAGUAUUCUAAUUAGAAUAAUGUAAAGCUUCCUUUACAUACACAUCACAUACUAAUUAGCGCUGGGAAUGCUCUAACAUUCUCAAUCCCCAGAAAAAUAGCCCUCAGGUUAUAUAGCAAAGUAAAUUACUUUUCACAGUGGUUGCUUCAUUUCACUGUACAAAUUGUUUUGAAGAAUUUAAAUCAACACACACAAAAUGCUGGAGGAACGCAGCAGGUCAGGCAGCGUCUAUGGAAAUGAAUAAACAGUCAACGUUUCAGGCUGAGAACUUCCAUCCGGAAGAAUUUAACAUUGCAAGAGGUUUGAUUAACACGUGCGCUGUCUUGUUCCUGAUUUGUUUUGGUCUCACUUGUGAAACAGUCCUUGCGUUUUUGUUGGUAACGACACUUAUCUGAUCUGUGUGCAGAAUCAGAAUCAGGUUUAAUACGUCGUGAAAUUUAUAGUUUCGCGGUAGCAGUACAUUGCAAUACACAAUAAAAACUGUAAAUUACAGUAAGAAGUCUAUAUAUAAAAAGUUAAAUUAAAACUAGAGCAAAAAGAGAUAUAAAAAAGGUAGAGAGGUAACGUUCCUGGAUUCAAUGUCCAUUCAGAAAUCGGAUGGCAGAGGGGAAGAAGCUGUUCCUGAAUCGCUGAAUGUGUACCUUCAGGCUUCUGUACCCCCUCCCUGAUGGUAGCAAUGAGAUGAGGGCCUGUCCUGGGGGGCGGGGGUCCUGAGUGAUGGAUGCUACCUUCCUGAGGCGUCACUCCUUGAAGAUGUCCUGGACGCUGGGAGGCUGGUGCCCGUGAUGGAGCUGGCUGAGUUUACGGUUCACUCCUUUUGCUGGUGGAACAUGACGGCGGGCGGUAACAGAUGGUGAGGUGUCUUUAUUGAAUUGUAUUCCAUGACAAGCAGUGAUAAUGGGAUUUGUUUCACUGCUUGAAGAAACUGUUAUAUCCUGUUCCUGCAAUAUGCCUUAAUUAAAAACA